UGUGACGUGACUGCUCGGUUACUAGUAACCCCUAGUAACCCCGCAACGCCUGUGGCAACCAAUUGACGGAAGUAAUUAUUACAUAGGAAUUCUCUUCGGAAGCUCUUUACAAGAUAUCUUGUCUUCUUAUUCGCCGGGUCGACUCAUCUUCAAUUUCUUCCAUCUCAUUCCUUCUUAUUCAACAUGCACCAACCAUCUCCUGGACCGUCCAGUCCUGCCACCUCCGUCCCAAGCCCCCAUAGUCUUGGACCCUUGCAAAUUCCUGAAAACGCCACCCAAAAAUCACGGCCAGACGAUUAUGUGUAUUUCGAGCGUUCCAACGCUGGCUUCUCUUCCGAAGCUGUUGCAAGGGCUACGGCUGCAAAGUUGAAGUUGGUUUCAUACUACAAGAUGGCGGUAGACUCUGCUAUUGAAAGGAACGCUCGGCGCAUUGAGCUCGAGACUAAGCUAUCGCAGACGUUGCAACCAGAGACCAAGGAGCGUGAAUUGAGGAAACAUUCCAAGAUGGAGUCGCAGCACCUAAGGUUACGAAGGACAAAAAUAAAGCUUACAGACUUUAAGACUGUUAAGGUGAUAGGAAAAGGUGCUUUCGGCGAGGUUCGUCUAGUUCAGAAGAUAGAUACGGGCAAAGUUUACGCGAUGAAGACCCUACAAAAAUCCGAGAUGUUGAAACGAGACCAGCUUGCACACGUUCGAGCGGAGCGAGAUGUGCUCGCAGAAUCAACGUCGCCCUGGGUAGUCCAACUGUUCUAUUCUUUCCAAGAUCCUCUCUAUCUUUACUUGAUCAUGGAGUUCCUUCCUGGUGGCGAUCUCAUGACGAUGUUAAUGAAAUACGACGUGUUUUCGGAGGAUGUAACACGAUUCUAUAUGGCCGAAUGUAUAUUGGCCAUCGAAGCCGUGCACAAUCUGGGCUAUAUCCAUCGUGAUAUCAAACCCGAUAACGUUUUGAUCGACAGACAUGGGCAUUUAAAGCUAUCUGAUUUUGGUCUGUCCACAGGUUUACAUAAAGUCUCGGAUGGAGAGUUCUAUAAACGUUUCUUGGAGGAGGAGAAAACCCGAAACCCUGCCCGGAAUAGUGUUCAGGUCAAUCCAAUCAACUUGACCAUGAGCAGGGAACAGAUCGCUACGUGGAAGGCCAACAGACGGAAAUUGGCAUAUUCUACUGUUGGUACUCCGGACUACAUCGCGCCCGAAGUCUUCUUGAUGAAGGGGUAUGGUAAAGAGUGCGAUUGGUGGUCAUUAGGCGCUAUUUUCUUCGAGUGUCUAGUCGGAUAUGCACCGUUCUGCUCAGACAAUCCGGGAGAUACCUACAAGAAGAUCAUCGAUUGGCCAAACUACCUCUUCUUCCCAGAGGAAGUUUUCAUAUCCCGAGAGGGUGAAGACUUGAUUAGAAGCAUGAUGACUUGGGCCGACAGCCGUCUCACCGUGAACCAAAUCAAAUCGCACCACUUUUUCUAUGGCGCCGAUUGGUCUGCUCUCCGCCACAUCGAACCUCCGUUUGUCCCCCACCUCCAAUCAAGCACGGACACUGCGUACUUCCCAACUGACGACUUCGGCGACAUGCCCGAUCAGUUAGAACAGGUAGAGGGUAUCAGUGCGGAGAAGGACCUUGCUUUCAUAAAUUUCACUUUCAAAAGAUUUUCCUCUUGAUCGGCAUAUUGUUUUCUUGUUUUCAUCUGCCUAUUGCAUAUCCGCCAUACUUGUAUCAGAAGAUAGUAAUCACACACAAUUGAGGAAUGGAUUGUAAAGUAUGUGCCCAAGAUGAUGGGGCUGUCGAAUUCAAAUGAUACAUGGGAUAAUGAUUAUGAAGAGCUUACUGCAGUCUUGUCAAUUCUAGAACGCCACUGGGUCAACACUGUAUCCUUAAGUAGCAGGUACAGUAGUAGUUGUCAAGCUCUCUUGUGAUCUGCAGCUGUAGCCUGUAGGGAAAUUGUGAAUGACGAAGCCUAUUAAUGCAUUGGAAG